CUCCGGAUUCAGAAAGCGCCUGUCUUUUAAUAUCGUAGACGCAAUUAAAUAAGAAUCCAUUCAAACCUCUCUCUUUGAUCAACCAAAAUCUCAGUAUCUUUCCUUUAACUGGAAACUCUUCGUUUCCCAAGGUAAUACCAAAAAAAAAAAGGCUGGGUCUUUAGUUUUGUUGCUUUUGUCGAUCUGGGUAUCGUCGGGAACUCGUAGUUGCUUAAUUUUGGGUGGUGAGUGUGAGUGGGGAUGAGGAAGAGGGAGAGGGAGAAUCCGUGUUGGAUAUGUGGGCACUAUCACAAGUACGAGGAAGGGGAAGUUUGUGGGAUAUGUGGGCAUAGAACUCCUGUCUCUUCCGACAAGACAUCGCUUCAAGUCAGUGCUUUCCCAUCGGAGAUCUUGCCCGACUUUCUCUAUUUGGGUAGCUAUGAUAACGCCUGUCGCUCCGAGCUUCUAAAGACUCAGGGAAUUACUCGUGUUCUUAAUACUGUACCUGCUUGUCAAAAUCUCUACAAGAAUUCAUUUACCUAUCACUGUCUGCAAGAUGACAAAAUUUUACAAUUUGAUGAUGCAAUACAAUUUUUAGAGCAAUGCGAGAGGGAUAAGGCUCAAGUCCUUGUGCACUGCAUGUCAGGGAAAAAUAGGUCACCAGCUAUUGUAAUAGCUUUCUUGAUGAGAUCUAAAGGAUGGAGGCUUCCCCAAAGCUAUCAGUUUGUGAAAGAACGAAGACCGUCCGUUGAUAUAAAUCAAGCUAUCUACCAGCAGUUGCAGGAAUACGAGCAAAAGCUCUUUGGAUCAUCAAAUAACCAUAAUCCUGCUUUGCUUGCCUUCCAACCUGCUGGAGCCACGUUCAAUGUCGGUAAUCCAGUUCCAGUUGGUCUUCCGCCUUUAGAAGUUCCACCGCUCAAGUUCACAAUUGGUGCAGCAGACCCAGAGAAGAAUCUCUGAAAACUUGGCAAACCCUAGUUGCAGAGAUAUUCCAAUGGGUAACACUUAAUUUGGCUGUAAAUUACUAGUAAAUGUUUUUCUUUCUUGCAUGUUAGAUGUGUCUAGUUUGUGCGUUGCGUCGCUGGGUGCCUUAUAAUGUAAUGAAACACAGUCCUGCUCGUUCCAAAUUUUAUAUACAUAUAUAACUUCUCUUGUUUUCCGUUUCCA